AUGUCAGAGCUGAUUACACGACAGGCCGCACAACCCGGAUACCUCGACGGUCAGGACGAUGGUCGAUACCUGAACGUCAGCGGUGUCGCCACUUGGUACACCACGUACGGCUGCCAAGAUUCUGGUCUGACCCCCGUCCUCUUCCUCCACGGUGGUACCGGAAACGGCAAUCAGAUGUUCAAUCAAGCAAACGCAAUCGCCAAGAGCCGGAUGGUCAUUGUGCAAGACACCCGUGGUCAAGGCCGUAGUCCGUACCAGGGCUUCACCGACUUUCACUAUGACGACAUGGCAAGGUAUGCUAUGGCUUUGAUUGAUCACCUCAACAUAUCCAAAGUGGCAGUCGUGGGAUGGUCCGAUGGAGGCAUCACAGGCUUGAAUCUCGCAAUGAACUACACGGAUAGGAUUGACCGAGUCUUCGCCCACGGCCCCAACCCGCAAUACAACACCUCGCAGCCCGGACUCAAAGAUCCUAUCAUCAACUCUAAGGAUGGCUCGCUCGGUUCGACCAAGUCCGAGAACGGUACGACAUUCUCCGUCAACGGUCUCGGUCUCGGCAGGAGGAACAAUGUAGUCGGCAGUCCCGGCGCCCCGUACACCUGCGACCAUCUCAGCCCUUUGCCCGGGAAGUGCGCCGAAAUGAAGAAGGCCGUUGCGACCAUGUGGAACUCUGAACCGGCGUGGGGACCCGAGGCGUUCGCAAAAAUAAAGUGCCCUACCUGGGUCGUCGACGGUGAUCACGAUCGCUCUGUAUCUCGGAACCAGGUCGACGCUAUCGCUGCGUGGACACCCUAUGCGGCUCAGGUUCUCCUGCCGCAUGUCGGACACGCAGCCCUACUUCAGGACCCGAAGUUCUUCAACUUUGCGGUGGAAUACUUCCUGGACCAGCAGUAUGAUGGUCCUCUGCCGGUCUACUGA